GAUUUGCUUGUUUGUUGAGACAGGGCCUCACUAUGUAGCCCAGGCUGGCCUGGAACUCACUGUGCAGACCAGGCUAGUCUCAAACUCACAGAGAUUCACCUGACUCUGCCUCCCAAGCACUGGAAAUAAAGACAUGUUCCACCAUAUCUCACUCCUUUCCGCCUGUUUUAACACCAGCAAUCCAGCAUCAAAGGGCUUUUAUUUUUCCUCCUUAUCCACCUCAGUCUCCCUCCUCAUCCUCAUGGUGCAAGUCUCCCUGUUAGCCAAGAAGAGUCAUGGGCCCAGUCCCAUCAAUUUCUCCUGAUAAAAAUGCAGGCCAGGGCAGGGAGUAGGAAGGAGAAGAUGAAGGCAGGUUCCUCCCCACUCACAAACUCUUCCAUCAGAAUAUGCAUGUACUAUUACAGAACAAAGGGGUGACUGUAGAGAUACAGGUGUGUUGCAGGGGGCUUUGAGGUAUAACUGGCUCUGUGUGAUUUUUGUCCAUGAUUAUACACAUUCAUGGGUGUGACUUUAUGAGGUUACAUGACCAACGUGUGACUGUGAAUGUGUGGCUGUGGAUAUGAAUGUCUUAGUGGAUGCCACAGUGGAUCAUGGCCGUCCUAAGCGCCUAUAACAUCAGCCCCUACAUCCUUCACUACAUCUCUCCCAUCUUCUCUGUUCAGGGCUUAUAAACCCAUGGGGAAUGGCAGUCCUAGAAGGGGAUGGGUCAGUGACAGCAAGCCAAGAGUUAGAGCUCAGUAUCACAAGAUAAGCAAGGCAUCGCCACCUGUCUCUGACUCACCUAGUGCCCAAGGCAAAACACAACUAGAUAAAAGGUGGGGGAGUGGAGGAGAAAGACGUAGCUAGGCUGAGCAUCAUGGAGGGACUGUCUCCUACCGGCAGCCUCCUGCUGAUGUUGCUCCUGAGCCCGACCCCUGGAGCAGGCCUGCCACUGCCCUCCAGCACUACCUGCUGUACUCAGCUCUAUCGACAACCACUCCCAAGCAGGCUACUGAGGAGGAUCGUCCAAGUGGAACUGCAGGAGGCCGAUGGAGACUGUCACCUGAAGGCUGUUGUGCUUCACCUGGCUCGGCGCAGUGUUUGUGUUCAUCCCCAGAACCGCAGCCUGGCCCGGUGGUUUGAGCGCCAUGGGAAAAGGCUCCAGGGGACUGUACCCAACUUAAAUCUGGUGCUACAAAAGAAAAUGUACUCAAGCCCCCAACAGCAAAACUAAUAAAACAUUAGACAGUAAUAUCCAAAAA